AUGCUUGACGACACAGCGGACAUAGCUACAAUUGAUGCAAUGGGAACACGGUUUCGCCAAGCAUUCGUGCAAGCUCUGAUGAGAGUGAUGGAAACUGACGUAGCAGAAAUGACGUUUGCGGAGAUCAUUGAUGGGCUUCCUACAAUCGGCUCAUACCAAGAUUUCCACUGGCCGCAGGAUGGUCAUCCCGCUACUCAACACUUUGAGGUGUGCCCAGGAAUGAUCGAAAAAGCUCGUCAGCUACGUUCUGAUUAUCCUCCCACAAGAUUGAAGUUCCACUUACCGUUACUACGCGCUUUUGAAGAGGCCACUAUCGAUUCACGGCCCUUCCACUUACGACUGUUUGAGCUGUUGGCCGUGUCCAUUCACCAGAUUGCGGUAUACUCGUACCAACAGGGCGGCUUCAACCAUACACAUCAAGACUAUCAAAAAUGGAUAGAUUCACCACGCGAUACUCGUCGAUGGGAUGGGUAUCGACACCCAACAGCUUUCUGUCAUAGCUUCUAUAUCGCAGUUGAGCGUUAUCCCAACGGGGAUGCCGAUACCGUUGGAUACUGGGCUGAAGCGAAAAUAUUUGGUGGGGUCUUAGUAUUUGACCGUGGGGAAUCAGAAUCAGAGUGCAACGAGCUGUAUCUCCAUGCCAGACGACGAGUAGGCCCCUUUACUUUAUUCCCCCUUACAACGGCCCAGUUUGAGGGAUUCGUCGACUUCCUUCUCGGCGAUACAGAAGAGCCUGCUGCCUCGCGAAGUCCUCUCCCAUUUAGAGCGACGUCGGAGAAUCGUUGGCGGUGGCAUAACUGGGAUACCAUAACUCGAUAUCACAUAUUCCGUGACAAGUACGAGCGAACCGUCCAACCAACCAAACCAGUUGGCGGUGUCAAGUCGUCGGUAGACUGGCCGGAGAUAGGUGACGAGCUAUAUCUUAUUGGGGCCAUGCAAGAUUAUUGGGAUGGUCAGCCGGUAGAUAAAGAUAAGGUUCGGGAGGCUCUGGAGCAUUUGUAA